UGAAGGACAAAUAGGUUUACCACGAGGACGUUCGGCCUCUAUCUGAGCCGCCGGUAACAGCGGAGCGGAGGCGCCAUUUUGCGACAAGAGUAGAAAAACUCCUUCCCUAGAACCACCAUGUACCCGAGCACCCUGACGCAGUUGGCCCGGACGAACCCGUUCAGCGCCCCGCUCUUCACUCUGCACCACGUCGAAGAACCGAAGCAGAGGAGCACCGUCAGGCAUGGACAAGCCAAACGCCAGAUGGCCGCUGCCGCAGUGGACGACUCUGAAGUGAGCUGUGACUUUGGCUCCAUGAAGUAUUAUGCCCUGUGUGGCUUCGGGGGCAUCCUGAGCUGUGGCAUCACACAUACAGCCGUUGUGCCCCUUGACUUGGUCAAGUGCCGUCUUCAGGUGGAUCCUGCCAAGUAUAAAAGCAUUUUCAAUGGCUUCACUGUCACACUGAGGGAGGAUGGUGUGCGGGGCCUGGCCAAAGGCUGGGCACCCACCUUCAUUGGAUACUCCAUGCAGGGGCUCUGCAAGUUUGGCUUUUAUGAAGUGUUCAAGAUCCUGUACAGCGACAUCCUAGGAGAGGAAAAUACAUACCUGUGGAGAACCUCUCUCUACCUGGCUGCAUCUGCCAGCGCUGAGUUCUUUGCUGAUGUGGCACUGGCCCCCAUGGAGGCCUGCAAAGUACGCAUCCAGACCCAGCCAGGCUAUGCCAACACCCUGCGUGAAUGUGCCCCCAAGAUGUAUGCUGAGGAAGGCCUCUGGGCGUUCUACAAGGGUGUAGUGCCCCUGUGGAUGAGGCAGAUCCCUUAUACCAUGAUGAAAUUUGCCUGCUUCGAGCGAACAGUGGAAGCCCUUUACAAGUUUGUGGUGCCCAAGCCACGUAGUGAGUGCUCGAAACCUGAGCAGCUGGUUGUCACCUUUGUGGCUGGUUAUAUUGCUGGCGUGUUCUGUGCCAUCGUGUCCCACCCUGCUGACUCUGUGGUGUCUGUGCUGAACAAAGAGAAGGGCAGCAGUGCUCUUCAGGUGCUCAAGAGGCUUGGGCCCAGAGGUGUGUGGAAGGGCUUGUUGGCCCGUAUCAUCAUGAUUGGCACCCUGACAGCCUUGCAGUGGUUCAUCUAUGACUCUGUCAAGGUGUACUUCCGCCUGCCCCGCCCACCUCCCCCAGAGAUGCCAGAGUCACUGAAGAAGAAACUGGGGCUGACUGAGUAGAUGGAAGUUGAAGUUGUUUGCCCCCCACCCCAAAACCUACAAGACCACACAGCUUUCUGUUUUCUGUAUUUAAAGUACCUCCUGCAUUUCACGGCUCUGGGCAAUUGUCUGCAAGGGCAGCACUGAGGCAAGGGUCCCACAACUGGUGGUGGACAGAGGAAGUAGAUGCUGGAGGGCAGAGGGAAGGGAAUCAGUGGGGAACAUAGUCCGAUUUUAUCACGUGUCUCUAGUUCAUGUGGAUAUGAUAGUAAUAAAAAAAAUUAAAUGUUUUUUUACUGGAGUCUAUUACCAAAUAAUGAACACAUUCAGCUAGAGCACUUCUGCAUUGCUGCGAUACAAUUGAAUAGACUACCCAACAGUGCUCGUUCUCCCCCAUACAAAGGCUGUGUUAAGAGCAACACCAAUAUAGUUAUUUUACUUCCUUAAAUAUUGUUCCUGACAAAGAUGCAACACCCAGAAAAACCACAUGCACGUAUGCACUUAAGCAUAACCCUAAGCAUAUGAUUCCGUGCAGCACAAAACAACUCUCCAUGGUUGUGGUCUCACAGCACAAUAGUAACAAGGUAAACAUGGAAUAAACAUUCAUGGGACUAUUUAAGAAAAUGACAAAACAAUCAUUUAACGGACAA